CUGGCCGAAGCAGCAGGGGCUCUUGAAGCUGGUGUCUCUUUUGCAAGGCCUCCAAGGGGCGCAGCUCGCCGCCCAACAGAGGGACCUCCUUGGGGUCCUAUAGCCCGAGGUCCUGCUACAUUGCCACCGACUCCACUAACGCCGUUUCCCCCGCCCCCACCGCCAAUGUUGUAA